UAUAAGACACCAUGUCGAUUGAAGCACUAUCUGGAAAGGUUUUCCUGGUGCUAACUGGUGCUUCUCGUGGUAUUGGUCGUCAAAUCGCAAUAACAUUCGGAUCGCUAUUACAAGAAGGCUCGCAUAUGGUUUUGUUAGCAAGGAAUCUGAGUGGUCUACAAGAAACUGCGAAAAAUAUACCUUCUAAAGUGACAGUUCAUACUGUCAGUAUAGAUCUUGGUGAAGGGACGAAAUCCGAUUUUGAAAGGACUAUACUGGAAUGUCUAAAGGAAACCACUCGCGAUGCAUUUGACCGAGUGGUCGUAGUGCAUAAUGUAGGCACGAUUGGUGAUGUUUCAAAAUUUCUAAAUGAGAUGUUGGAUGUAGAUGAAUGGAAACAGUUUUACACCUUAAAUUUUUUCCUGCCUGCUGUUUUAAACGCAGUGAUUAUGAAUUUGUUUGACAAUAGCACUAAAAAACUGGUCAUAAAUAUUACAUCUUUAUAUGCAAUUCAAGCCAAUGCUGCCUGUGGUUCUUAUUGCUCAGUAAAAGCAGCACGAGAAAUGUAUUUUAAGGUCUUUGCUUUGGAAAAUCCUGAUGUUAACGUCUUAAGUUAUUCGCCAGGACCUGUCAAAACAGAUAUGUUUCACUACGUUGUUGAAGCAAUUGCCAAUCCUGACACUAAAAAAACAUUGAAACACUUGCAUGAAACCAACACUGUAUUGACUACAGAACAGACAGUUAAUCGUCUUGUGGAAGUAUUAAAAAAACAUAAGUAUAAGGCUGGCGAUCAUGUGGACUAUUUCGACGACAUUUAAAGCAGCAGCGAUGGUAAUAAUAUCUUAAUAUUAAAAAAUAUAUAUACAGAAGAAAUAA